AUGGGCUGGAAUGUUAGUAUCCCCAGUCCUCUCAUUCUAUACUUUUAUCCUUAUCCUGGUCAGUUGGUAGCUAACAGCACGUACGUAGUGUCCGAUAGCCAUCCCAGGCCAGAUGACUAUGCAAGGUUGGUCGACACAUAUGCUGGACACGUUAUGGGAACCUCGCUGUUUUGCGGGGAGCUGUUUGGAGGCCUCUCUGGUUUCCUUUGUCGAGAGUUCAAUUCUGCAGAGAACGUCAAUGUCGAUGUCGUUGCUCACAUACCUUCUGCACCUUCUGUGAAGGAGCAUGCAAUCAGACGUCACAUAUGUUCCAAUGCGUCCCAGCUGUUCCAACUCCUAACUGUGUAUUCUCCCGAACACCAUAGCAAUCGCUUGCCUGGUGAUCAGACUGCCAUAGUGUUCAUGCGAGGUCAUCAGCCUCCAGAGUGCCUGAAUCGCCUAGGAGCCAUGUAUAACAUAAAUCCUUUAUUCUACCAACGACAUCUAGAAUAUCUCUGGUCCACAGAACCUCCCAAACUGUUUUCGUCUCCUUCACUUCCAUCUGCCUCAUUCAACACAAUACGCUUCCGGAUAUUCAGUGUUGGUGAAACAGAUGUGGGUAGCAAUUCCCUGGUUGAAUCUCUGCGUGAAGAUGGAGAGAAAUCUAUGGCGAACUAUCUACAUGACUUGAGGUGUGAAGUUGGAUUACAGUCAGGCACGUCCAUCGUUCGGGCCUUUAACAUACACGACGUUCGGUAUUUUUCCAUCGAACAAGAAGUUACAGCAACAGUUCAAGUGACGGGUAAUAAAUGGUUGAAGCUCGGCAAAUUUUGCCAAGUCCUCAACCUAAUCCAGUCUGUGAUAGAGCAGAGUACGGGCUAUAACCUCUAUAAAUCGAAAAACUAUAGUCUCGCCAACCUCUCAUACCACCAAGAUAUCCUUAACCGCCUGGAAACUAGGCUGCGUGAUAACAUUUUUGAUCUCGAGCACUACGACAGCUCAUCGUGGCCGAGAUCCUAUGACGGCGAUAAUGUCACCGCUAACUCCCGAUCCAGUAUGAAAGCGGCCGCGACCGUUAAGGCCCUCCUUACCGACUUCCAGAAGCUUCUCGCGCGUUCAGAGCAGCUGUCGGAAAGCUGUAGGAAUGGAAUGUCGAUCUGCAUGAACAGCGCUGCCAUCGCUGAGUCUCAGCGUGCCAUCGAACAAGCCAAGCGGGUCGAGCAGCUGACCUGGCUGGGUUUCUUUUACAUCCCGUUGUCCUUCACGGCAUCUUUAUUCGGCAUGAACAUGCGCAUAUUCGGCCAGGGAAAUCAAGAUAUUUGGGAAUUCUUUGCGGUCUCUAUCCCUUUAGCAAUGGUCUCUUAUAUCAUCCUCGCUUGGCGUAGUGGACAGUGGGAUUAG